UUACACCGUAUUUGACAAAUCAUGCUGCUCUUCUUGGUCAUUGUAUCUCUGGCCAAUACUUUUUUUUCUGUUGGAGUUGUUUGUAUGCCCCUAUCAGACCAGGGGCCCCACAUCACCAACGACUGGGGACAGGUAGUUCGGUUCAGGCACUUGUACGCCGCUAGACCAGGACUGCACCUGCUGAUAAGUGGAGAUGGACAGAUCCACAGCUCUGCAGACCAAACCCUGCACAGCCUGCUGGAGAUCCGUCCAGUAGAUCCAGGCUGUGUUGUCAUCAGAGGAGCAGCGACCGCACGCUUUCUCUGCAUAGAAGCCGAUGGAAGACUGUACUCAUCGCACACCUACGACAGAGAUGACUGCACAUUCAAAGAGCAGAUCUUGCCGGACGGAUACAACAUCUAUGUCUCUGACAGACACAGAGUCCUGCUCAGUCUAGGAAACCACAGACAGAGGCUACAGGGUCGAGACAGAGACUUCCCAGCUCUGGCCCAAUUCCUCCCCAGGAUCAGCACCCUAGAUCAGGCCUUGUACCCUGGACUCGACAUUCUUGACCAGCCAGGACAGAGUGGAGCCCAAACAGAGGAACCUGUGGACACGGUGGACUCUUUUGCAAAGCUCUCUCAGAUUAUUCACAGUCCAAGCUUCCAUAAGAGAUGAGACAGAAGCUCUGAGAGAGCAGUAAAUGGAUGUGUCCAGGUGUGCUCUGCUUUGUCCGAGGACUGAAACCAAACACUCCUUCCUGCAUGUUGUCAAACAGUGCCUGACUGCACUCAGUCUGUGACAUUCGUCCAUCUGUCCUCUGCAGUGAAAUACAGAGCGGAGAAUGACACCCGUACUGGGUAUAAUGUUCCAUCCUGUCAUUUUCAGUAAGACCCUUUACAUUUACUGAACAAACACCCGGAGCAUGCUCUUUUUCCUCUCCAAAAAGAGCCUACUUUACACAAGGAGGAAGACGUUUGACUUUCUGGUUUGUUUAGAGUAAGGUGACAGCACCAGUAACUAUAGAUGAGAGCAGCACCUAAGAAACCUAAGAAACUGGUAAAAGGAGAAAAAAAAAGGCAUGGUUGUUAUUAUACUGUGGAGCACCAAAAACAAUGAUGACAGAUUGUCAUUUUGUUAGAAAAGACAACAAGCAUAUUUCCCUGCGAUAGCUUGAACACAACAAGCAUCUCAGGGUAUAAUGCCUCAGUGAAAGGAAGAGAACAAGACUUUGCUACCUAUAGAUGAGAAUUAGGAUGUUGGUCAAAUAAACUGCAGUGGGAUAGUAAGUCAAAAAUAGGGCGUAUAAGGCUUUCCACAACUGGCAAAAGUCAUAUUGCAGAGGUUUAGUUGUUGUAUUUAUUUGGUUAUUUGAAUGUCCUGUAGUUCCAAUGUGAAUAUCGUUAUUGAAUGCACCUUCACAUUUUGUGUGUGUCGAUGCUUCCUGUUACGUGUAAAGCAACACUUUGCAUUCAUUUGAUAGAAGAUAUUGGAAUAAAGUAAUUAUCAUAAAACAUUCCAAGCAGGGUCACUGUUUGUGAUUAAUGCCUGUUGACCUUUGUACGCAUGGUGAUUGUCUCUGUAUAUCACUGUCAUUUUGAGAUUUGACAUAUGUCAUCAUAAGUUCAAAAUAGCAAGCGAAGACUAGAUGUUUCAAAGACCUCUGAAUUAACUGUUACUCCUGUGUUUAGAAAAAUAGGCAGGUAAAAAAAAAAAAAGAAGAAGAAAAUCAGAUACUUUCAUACAGAUUUUGACAUUUUUCUCUUAUUUUUUUUUAUUUUUUUUCUGUGACUAAAAAUCUGUCUGUCUGCUCUGGUUGAAGUUAUGCACCAGAUCAUAUAUUCUGCCUGAUUAGAUCUCCUGUAUUUAGCAUCUUUUAUUUAAAAUUAUCAUAUAAUUUACACUUAAAUAGUUUAAUUAAACAGCAAUAUCACAUAGUCUUCAGAUUUCAUCUAAAUAAAGGCCCAACAGGCAGUAUAUACCCUUUGAUGCAAAACGUCCUUUGCAGUGGAAAGGUGUAUUUUCACUGACAGAAAAAAAAAAGAUGUAUUGAUUGACUAUCAAACACUGUUUGAAAUAAAGUGUCUAUCAAGUUUAUUAAAUUAAUGAAAGUUGUCAAUUACUUUUUGUUACCUCCACCAU